UCACCGUGAUUGGUAUCGUGUCGACGUGUUUUGUGCAGGUGGUAGACCAGCUCCUGAUGGACUUCCCAGAUCUGUGCUCCAUAUUGCUGGAGGAUUCGCUGGAGCUGCAGUGUGACCUGGACCCUACACAGCUGAUCGGCCACAUUAAGCAACUCGGCACGAUUAUGUUCCCCAAAAGGUUCCUGGAGUAUGGCGAAAACAUGAGUGCGGCUGCUAGUUCAGACCGGUCUCCUGUAGGGGCCAUGCCUCUUUCGUCGACGCAGCAGCUGCAGCGGGCUCACGGCAGCUGUGCCUCAGCCAGAGGCCACGCAGAAAAGGGGCCAAUCAUGCCUGGCUUUAAGCUCGCCCUGAACCCGCAGGGUCUGAAGCACUCGCCCCCUUCCACAGCGACGUGGUCCAAGAAGGGGGGGGGAGCAGUGUGCACUGCUGCAGCACCAUCGUCCGCAUCGCUCGCCUGUUGCUUUUCCCCAGGCACAUCUGGAGGAAUGAUUCCAGCUGGUGGAGAGAUGAACUUUGUUCAAAGGUGCAAGAUUGGGAGUGCAAACUCCUUGCGCAAUCGGCCCUCCUGGAUUUCGCAGGACGCGUUGCAUUCAGAGCAGGUGAUGCUGACCCACGUGGUGAAUCCCAGACACUUCUACGUGCGGUACUACGCCGCUCGCUUCCGCAACGAGAAGCUAAACUUGGCGCUCUCCAUGUACUGCAUGGCCCACACUGAAAACUCUUCAGCUAUACAAACCCUCACCAUCGGUGAGGUUCUGUGCAUGCGGAGCUGUGUCAGCAAUAAGUGGCACCGCGUCAAAAUAAUUUCUAUCCGGGCCGGCGAGAAGUUGUGCGGUUCUGUGCAAGUGGAGGGAGGAGAGGGCACGGCCAGCCUCGGGCCUUUACGAAGCGUCGCAUUGCAAAGCACGGUGCCAAUUUUCCACCGUGAAGAAGUUCCACCUGAAUUGGAAGGCGUCCCUAACUCGAUGGGCACUGAACCAUUUCUCUUUGUAUACAAAAGGGUCGGGAGAGUGUUUGACGAGCGGGGGUCGGAAAACGACGCGUCGUUCGGAGUGGCGACAGCGGCCGAAAUUACGUCAUCUGUGGAAGCUGGGCAUGUGGCCGAUGAGGGCGUUGUGGGGGCGAGAGGCAGCACUGCUGAGCAGGCCUCGCCCCACGCCGGGCAGACGCUGCAUGCGGAUGAGAAAAGUGGCGGUGGCGGCUGUGGCGUUGUCGAGGCAGAUAAUCUCCCUCUGCUUGAAUGCACGUGUCCCGAACCCCCCGGCGUUUGUGGCUUGACCACGAGCUCGCAAAAGCAAGAGGACCCAGAUGGCAAACGCGCAGAUGCGCGUGGAGAGGGUGAUGUCGCCGAACAGAACCUGUCCACCCAUAAGAGCGCCGAACUUGGCUGUGGAAUCGGUGAAUUGAGCGACGGAAAAAUUGGAGUGGUGUUGGAUCUGCUCCCCUGUUUGGAGGAAAUGAAAAUGAUCGACGGUGUCUUGGAAUGCGGCUGGGAACACGAGGACAACGGUGUUGCUGCUGCACCUGACAGGAGCCCAGGAGUGGAAACUGAAGCCCAAACAAGCGCUGACACUCAGUCGCCCAGACCGGCCUUUGUUUCACAGGGAGCGUCCUCAUUCCCCAUUGACAAAGUAACCAGGCUGAACGUUUUCCUGGUGGAUGAAGGAAGAACGGAAGUGUUUUACGUGGGAAGUGAACGUGCGCUCAAGCAGAGCAGAAGGAAUGCCGCGUGUGUGGUUUCGGAUUUGAGGCCACACCUUCGUCGUCCAGACCCCGAGCUCCUGAAGCUGUUCGAGAAAAUCCCAGCGGCUGCCAUACGCUGUGCUCUCAAGGAUGUGGUGCCCUUCGUCGCGGGUCAGGGUUGGAGUGUGGAGUCGAGCAAAGCGCUUGCCAAGAUGCUCCGUGGACAGAUUGUUCACAUGGUCGUGGCUGCCAGAGCCGGCGACGUAUUCAUCGUGGACCUCGUGAAGUCCCCACACAGCCAGGUGGAGAACGAUGUCCCGGUGUCGCUCAGAGAUGCCCUCGUCUUCUUAGAGCUUGCCAGGUUCCGGUGCAAAUCCGCACCACUCUCCGUGCCAGUCCACAGGCCCAGUCAUCAAGCCUUCAUUCCACCCAGCAAACUCCAGCCCCUCACGUGGUUCUGCCUCAUGUUAAGCCACAUAAACAGUCCCAGCGACUUCUAUGUGCAGCAGGUGAGCAUGAUGAAGUGCUUGCUGAAGCUGAAGUGCACUUUGCAGCUCUUCUACCGGGACUACCGCAAGGACUGGAGGGUCGUGCAUCCCACUGUGGGGCAGCUUUGUGUUGCCCAAUUCAGCGCAGACCAGCAGUGGUACCGUGCCCAGGUCAUCGGUUUACAAGACAAGGGAGACGUGGAGGUGAGAUACGUUGACUACGGGAACACGGAGCGCACCUCGGUGUCCUGCAUACGCAAACUGGGCAACUCAUUUCUACAACUGCCAGAGCUGGCGGUGCCGUGCUCUCUGGCAGACAUCCGUGCAGACGGAGAGUGCUGGACUGUGGCGGCCGUGGAACGCUUCCACCAGAUUGUGGACAACAAGCAACUGUGGGCCUUGGUUACCGAUAACAGAAGUGGCAAUCACGUGUCCGUGCACCUCUUUGUCGAACCGGCCCAGUUGUUGAGCAAGAUACUGGUGGAUGAGGGCUUUGCGCAACGUCUUGGAAUCUGCUCGGUGUCCAUGGAGGAGUUGAAGUUGGCGAAAGAAAGAGCGGCGGUGCAGGCGGACGUGCCGGAGGGGCCAUGUGGCGUAGAGGCUGCGGCCGUAUGGUGGUCGGACCGAGCUCGCCGCGGCAGGACGAUACCAACGACGCCAACUCACGCCUUCGUCUCCUUCGUGAGGUCCCCCGCCUCCUUCUACCUGCAGCCCGAUGAAGCGCUCGGAAAUUUCUUACCCACACUGAAGGAAAUGCUGGAGGAGCGUUUUGGUGGGAAGCCGCGGCCACUCUGCCCCGAGCAAGCGGCGGUCCUGACGCAGGGGGCGGCGCCGGCUUCUGGCGCUGAUCUUGCCGAGGGCUCGCUGUGCGCUCUGUACAGCGCAAACCAUUGCACCUGGGCCAGGGCCCGGAUCCAAAGCCUCCGUCCUGAGGGUCAGAUUCAGGUGCUGCUGCUCGACUAUGGAGACACGGCAGUGGUGGCGCCGAGCGAGCUGUGCCCCAUAGACACGGCGUGCAGCCGCUACCCUGCCAUGGCGGUGCACUGCUGCCUCGCUCGCUUGACGCCAACAGGUGGCAGCGAAGAGUGGUCGGCCGGAGCGUGCGACUUCUUGUCCGAUACCAUUUCUCAGAAAUACUGCUACGUCAAGGAAAUGGGGGAGAUGGAGAGGGACGACCCCGUGCCUGUGCAGCUCACUUGCCUCAUGGAGGGAGACAAAGAGCACUUAAGGGACAUCGGCAACUUGCUAGUACUUAAGGGGCUGGCCUUCCACGUUAAAAGGCCAAAGGCAGAUCCAGGAGUGACGCACAGGAGGAUGGGCGAGGACAUCGUCGUGGCGUGCAUCAGGGAGAUGUCCCGCACGGCGGUUCCACCGCAGCGGUUGGCCAGUGUACCCUACCCGGCGCCCGACCUCCCGGCCAGUGACACGUUCAGCCUGGUGGUGACGCACGUUAGCGCCAGUGGGCGCAUCUACGGACACCUGGCUUCAAAUAAUGCGGUCCUGCAGAAGCUGAUGGAAUCCAUCGAGUCGGAGUGUGGCAGCAGCAAAAACAACAGCAGCCUUUCUGCACUUGUGGACAUGCCGUUUUCCUUGGGCCAGCCUUGCGUUGUUCAGCUGUCAGGAGGCUGGUACCGAGGCCAGAUUCUCAAUGUGCAGACAAACACUGUGCAGGUGCGUUACGUCGAUCAUGGGGAUGAAGACGAGGUGGAGCCUAGCGCCGUGCGUGUGACCGACCGCUUCACGCACGUGCCCCCGCUCUGCCUCGAGUGCGUGCUGAGCUCCCCGUACCUGGAUGAAGGGGACGGACAGAAGGUCGAGGUGGUUGAAUACCUCUCCAGAAUGCUGUGUGGACAAACUGUGAGCAUGACACUGAAGGUGCCCUACAAUGAAGCGUCACUGCCCCUCCAAGUGGACAUCUACACAGAGCAGCAGGGCUCUCUGGAGGCUCUUUUGGUGUCGGCUGAGCCUCUCGGCAGGGAGCAGUGCAGCCCACAGGGGCAAGGGCCCGUGGAAGGCGAGAGAAAGCCAACGAGCACUGAAGGCCGGAUCCAAGUGAGAGAAUUGUCACGCUUUUUUGAGAGCGUGGCGGUUCACGCUCUUCAAGCGGAGGACUCAGGAGAGGGGAAGGGUGCAGCUCUGGGCGCUCUUGGCGAAUGGAGGGAGGAGGAAGAUGAUGAUGUGGCAGCUACGGAGGGGUUUGGGGGGAACGGUGACCAAGAUGAGCAGGAGGAAGAUGUCAUGUGGGAUGAGCCCCUGGUAUGUUUUUACAAAUGAUUAAAACAACUUAUUUUCGUUAUUUUUGUUAAGUUCAUGCACUAUUUGAACAAUAAUAUAUUCACAUUAAUAUUGUUGUUGGUUUUAAGGGAGUCAAAAUAUUUUAAUUGCAUUCUGCGAGUAAUUUUUUUUAUGGGCUCACUUUUCAUACGUUAAAGGAUAUGGCCCAGUAAUUUUGAUUACUUAUUUGUCGUAUAUGCAUGCUCACUUUUUGGGGCGUGGGUUUUUUGCUUUACGUAUGUGUACUGGCUCAUGGUCAACUGAGCGCAAACUUAUAGCGAAAAAGAAUAAACACAUUUGUCAAUAACACUGGCAAUGCAUAUUCAGUAUCGCCAAAUAAUUUGUGUAUCUUUAUAACACAGGGGGCUAGGGAAACAUGUGUCUGAUAACCUUCAUGCAUUUCUUGCUGGAGGAUAGAUGGUUAGAAUGCAGCUUUGCACCACUUUACCCCUUUUCACUGGAAAAUCCAAGCUAGUCAGCACGAGGCCAUUACGGUAUGCUUUGUUUUUCCACUGGUUAAAUACUGAGCUGAGCCAGAACCAAACAAUGCUACGCCAUCUGAAUCUGGCUCGUGACCAAGGCAGGCCAGGUGCUGGGCUAAUGAUAGUGAAAAUGCAUGACAUCACACCUAGAGUGUUUAUAAAUGCGUAUAGCUUUAUGUGUAACAGCAAUAUUCUCUUGCUCUGACACUUAACAUUUUUUGACUGUGAAGUUCGAGAAGCUUUCUAAAACUGUACCAGUGGAAUUUUUCGAUUUAAAGCUUUGGUGACUGCAAGGAUUCAUCUUCUUGAUUCUUUCGGUAAAGUCACGUAGAAUGAGAAUAAAGUAAUAAAACAAUAAGAC